UUUAUGAAAGAUGAAAUGAAUCGGGGGAAAACUUUCCAGCAAGAUUAUCAGCAACCAGUUGUCAAAAUCAAAAAUGGUAUGAAAAUAAUUGGAAGAGUGAAUAAAACUGUUGACGAGCAAAAAACCUACUUUACAUUUCGAGCGAUACCGUUUGCUCUACCACCAAUCGGGGAGCUUCGAUUUAAGCCGCCAGUUGCCUUUCCAGGAAAUCUGUCAGGUCAAUUAGUUAAUGCGACUCAAGAUGCUGCCAAAUGUAUCCAGUUCAGUUCACCCGGAGGUUCGGAAGACUGCCUGUACCUGAACGUCUACACACCUCAAGUAAGAUCAUGA